AUGCUAGACACUACGAAUAACACUACUGUAUACUACGCUUCUGUCAGCACAUGCCGGGUAUUUCUGCUUGAUUAUGUACUCAUAUUUACGGUUCGUAAGGGUGUCAAAUAUUGCCGCGCAAAUGCUAAAACAACCAUUUUUUGUAUAUCGUCACUGACAAUGACGCUUCAAUUGGCGCUCCUACGAAAUCUAUCUAUCUAUCUAUCUAUCUAUCUAUCUAUCUAUCUAUCUAUCUAUCAAACUGCACUACUUAUCUCUUAUGCAAAAACUUCAUUCAUCGGCCGAUCUCAGUAUGACUCUUAUCUAUCUAUCUAUCUAUCUAUCUAUCUAUUCUGGUUAUUAUACAGGGCGACAAUUUAUCCAUCACACUCUGCAUAUUUAUCUCAUCCUGUUCAUUAUCUAUCUAUCUAUCUAUCUAUCUAUCUAUCUAUCUAUCUAUCUAUUGCUCUUUCUCGCUUUUUCAUUUCUUUUUUUCUUUAUAUGAAUAACGAAAAAGUAGAUUUUGUACUACAAUCCUCCUUUCUUCUUCUUCUUCUUCUUCUUCUUCUUCUUCUUCUUCUUCUUCUUCUUCUUCUUCUCCACGUCUUCUUCUUCUUCUCCACGUCUUCUUCUUCUUCUUCUUCUUCUUCUCGUCUUCUUCUUCUUCUUCUUCUUCUUCUUCUCCACGUCUUCUUCUUCUUCUUCUUCUUCUUCUUCUUCUUCUUCUUCUUCUUCUUCUCCACUUUCAAAUAUUCUUUUCUUUUCAACGAUAUGGAAGGCAAUAAACGUCGAAAGGGAGAGAUAGAUAAUUGCGGAAUCGACACUCCAGAAAACUACCUUAUCUAUGAGAAACGCUUUUUCUUAUCAUUAGGUUCUAUUGUAAUCGCCAAGCUGCUGUUAGUCGUGGGAGGAGAAGCCUUAAAAAAUCUAUCUAUCUAUCUAUCUAUCUAUCUAUCUAUCUAUCUGUUUAGAAUCUAUCCAUCUAUCUAUCUAUCUAUCUAUCUAUCUAUCUAUCUAUAUUAUCUGCUUAUAAUCUAUCUAUCUAUCUAUCUAUCUAUCUAUCUAUCUAUCUAUCUAUCUAUCUAUCUAUCUAUUUCUUUCCUAUCCGUCAAUCUAUUUUAA